AUGAUUGAAGAAGAACAAGAAGAAGCCAUGGGAGAGAAUAUCUCUUCUCUUAGAGAAAGAAUAUUCAACAUGGCAUCAUCGACAAUUAACAGUAACAAGAAAUCAGAUCUCCCUACCCUGGCUUUUGAAGAUUGUCAAUCCCUUUUAGAUUUUUCUGCUGCUUCAGAUGAAUGGAAUCGAAGCAUGCCCCCCUUCUUCCCUUUUCAAAAUCUUCAGACCUUGGUUUUGCAAGUGUUUGUUGACAGCAACGACAGCAUGAUCUCAGUGUCGAUGCUUACAAAGGUCAUGUAUACCAUCAAUUUGUUGUUUGAGUUGAAGAAAAGAGCAGAUUUUAAACUGCCAAAAGUCGAAACUCUGUUGAAUUAUCAGUAUAACAAGUUCAACAAGGUCCCUCUGUCCCCUACCACCGUCAAGAAAGUGACUAUCAAAGCUACUUCGAAUUUGGGUUCAGGAAUCACCAGUCAAGUGAAAACCAUAGACUGCCAUUUCAACUUACCUUCGGAUCACUUGCGUCUUCUCUUGGCAAACCCCAAAAAGGCCUUUUAUCUUUCAGCCCUCCCAGACUACACCGAAAAUCAGUGUCUUUCUGUCCAGCAAGGAGAAAAAUGGAGAAGAAAUCCUUUGUUUCAACAUCAAUUUGUUCAAACAAAUGGCAAAGACUUUUGGAUUGGAGAUGUUGCCGUGUUACAUAGUGGGCAAUCUAUUCUAGUUGAAAGGUUCUACAUGAAAGACAUGCUUGCUCUCUUUGACAGAUAUCUUGUUGAACAAGGCUCUGACAGUGAAGGCCAUGCUUUACAUAAAGCCAUCAUCACUCCACUUGCUAUCUUUUCUGAUGAUACUUCUAAGAACCUUACGAAAACGCAUGGAAUGUACAACAGUGUGCUGGUCAACUUCCCUGCGAUGUCAUACAGCAUGAGAAACAGACGCAAGAACAAUUUCUUUGUCACAGCCGUUUCCCAGCAAGCCGGAUUCAAGUCGACCCAUCUGAUGCCCGUUCUAGCCACAGAUCUAAAGACACUAGAAAAUGGUGUUGAUAUGUACUCAUUGACAUAUGAUGAGACUGUCACUGUAUGUGCUCCCUUGCUCUUUAUCGCAGCCGAUAAUGCCCGACAUGCUGAACUUGUUGGCUUGAAGCAUUUGACGUCGAAUUUCCUGUGUAGAAGAUGCUACUAUCGAAACCUGUCCAGAUUUGGCUUUGAUGACUUCGAUUCUGAGUAUUUGGUUUGCGACUGCCAGCACAGAACGAAAGAACAUUAUAAGAUUGCAGCCACUGAUCCAACUUGUAAAGAGAAGGCAAUUCCUGGUAUAUUACCAAAUGCUAAUAAUCUCUAUCUGAAAAUGGAAAAGCCUAUCAAUAAGGCACUUAUCCUUGCUGAUCUUGGAUAUAGUCAUACUGGUACUGACAACCUACUGUGUUUGCAGUCCUUUAAUCCUGCUCUUGAUACACCUGUAGAGAUUUUGCAUACUGUGGCUCUUGGAGUUUGCAAAUAUCUUCUUAAUCAUCUGUUCAAGGAAGUUUUAAAGGGCAACACUGCUUCACAAGUAAAGUUAUCUGAUUUGCUGGAGCAAGAAAAAGGGUCUAGGGACUUCACAAGAACUUUCAGAAAGAAGCUUAGACAUAGUGGGUCUUACCUUGGCAAGGAGUUCAAGAUUCUGGCGCAAGUCUUGCCACCUAUUCUUAACACUGAAUUCACCAACAACACUGAAGUUAAGGUCGAUUCUGAUUUUGAUCAAUAUCUCAACAAUGUUAAUAAUACUGCUCGUCGUCUUGUCAAGUCUUUGUAUGAAUAUGAUAUAUAUGCCAACACCAAGUUCAGCUUGACUCUGAAGACGCACCUUCUGCUGCACUUGAAAGAAGACAUCAAGAGGUUUGGUUGUGCUCUCCACUUUGAGACCGAAAAGGGUGAACAAUUCAACAAGUUCAUCCGGACUCAUUUGGUGUACUCAAACCGUUGUGCUGAUAACAGGGAUCUUGCCCUUAAGUUUGGAAAGCAGGACAUGCUCAGACACAUUGCCAGUGGAAGCUCAUGGAUUGACAAAUCUACAGGUACUCAAGUAAAAGGUGGAUCUGGUAUCUUUGCCUUUCUUCAUGAUCAAGAAAACAAAUUUUCUGACAAUUUCUUUGGCAAACACCAGGAAUUCGUGAAUAACAAUCACGUGAAAACAAAGAUAGUUGCUGGUGUCUCUGUUGCAUUUUCUUACAGUAAUAAUGCUAACAGGAUGUUCGUUGGAAGGGCGGUGGAAAGUAAUAGUAUUUUGCGCAUUCAGCAUUACCAGCUCUUCUCGCCUAACCUGAACUUGGCAACAGUCAGAUGCCAGCCCAUUGAACAUUACUGCAAUUUGGAAGACGUUAAAAUUGAAUGCAUGCUACAUCUGACUUCAGGCUCAGAGACCCAAAAUUACAAUUUUUAUACAAGAAUUUCUCUUGGUAUGAUUUACUGCUUAACUAGUGUUGGUGUUACAAUUAUGACAUCAAGUCAUAAAUCAUACUUCUUUAGCUCUUAG